GUGAAACUUAAUGGUGUAAUGAGCUGGAAGCAGUGAUAGGCAUGGCGUUCUUCUUGUGCCUCUUUCUUUAUCAGCACCAAUUCACGAGUUCACGUCAUAGUCAGAGCUGCUUUCUUAAAGUCACGCAACUCUACUGAGUGGUCGUUUCUAAACUCAGGCGUUUCGUGAUUUUCAGCCCUCUCAUUGAUCCAUGAUGGCGCAACCGAAUAUACAGCAAAUUUUCCAGCAGGUCGAUCGCAAUAGAAGUGGCCAAAUUGAAGGUCCGGAAUUGCAAAUGGCGCUGCAGAAUGGCGUUGGAACGCAGUUUAAUAUGAAAACAAUCGACCUGAUGAUAUGCAUGUUUGACCGGGAUGGGAAUGGAAACAUGAACAUGCAGGAAUUUGCCCAACUGUUCAACUACGUACAACAAUGGAUGGCCUGUUUCAAGCAGUAUGACAGGGAUGGAUCCGGGACCAUUAGUUGUCAGGAGCUCCACCAUGCUUUGAGCUCAUUUGGAUUUCGUCUGUCUCCCCAAUUCAUCUCUCUGAUGAUCCGCAAGUUCGACAGAACCCGUCGUGGACAGAUUGCUUUUGAUGACUUCAUGUUAGCUUGUGUUUGUUUGCAGAACCUUACUAGCGCCUUCAUGGUACACGAUUAUAACAGGAAUGGAUACGCCCAAUUCUCCUAUGAGGAUUUCCUCACCGCGGCCUUGAGAGUGCUGGUUUGACCUCUACUCUAUUUACCUGGCUACAUAUGGAUCUUUAUCGAUACCAUUGGAUCAUUGCUUUGUCUAACUGACAAAUCUGCCCAUGUGUAACCCAUCCCUCUUGGUUCACCAUUUUUUACUAGUCGAUUGGAUUAAUAUUUUAUGCUUCUGGCUGAACCAGACUUAUGGAACUUGACUUGCUUUUUCAAGGCUUUUUCGGAUUCAUCUGAACAACGGAAAUUUAGGCAACGCUCACUGUUUUUCAUGUGCAAUCGGCU